AUGAGUUCUAUUCCGAAAGCAUUUGACUUCACCGGCGAAGUGGCAAUCGUCACUGGUGCUGGAUCUCGCAUGUCCGGCGAGAUCGGGAAUGGCCGCGCUACUGCCAUUCUUCUGGCUCGGCAGGGAGCGAAGGAAGAGAGUUGUCGCAAGGCCGUGGAGAAGACGGUCGAGCUUUUUGGGACGGUCCAUAUUCUCGUCAAUAUUGUCGGUGUCGGUGGUGCAAUGGGCGAUGCUACACAGCUCAAUCUUGCCGCCUGGGAGAGAGAUUUCAAAAUCAACGUCACUAGCAUGGUUCUGAUGAGUCGACAUGCUAUUCCGGAAAUGAGAAAGAAUAGAAGAGGAGCAAUUGUUAACAUGUCAUCUGGAGCAAUUAUUCAAAUGACUCGGGCCAUGGCAGCACAGCAUGGCCCGGAAAAUAUUCGGGUCAAUUGCGUGUGCCCUGGCAUGGUUUUCACACCAAUGGUACGAGGGAGAGGCAUGAAUGACGAAAUGCGCCAAGCAAGAAUCAAUCAAAACUUGUUGAAGCAAGAAGGAACUGGUUGGGAUGUUGGAAACGCGAUCCUGUUUCUUUGUAGCAAGGAGGCUAAAUGGAUCACCGGAUUAAUCAUGCCGGUGGAUGGUGGUACAACUGCCGGAAAAGCCGAUCGGCCGGCUCUGAAGGCGGACACACUCGCAGAGCAAAAUACCGGCGUGCCCAACAAAUAA